UGAAUUUUAGUCCUCUAUUUUCCAACUCGUGUCAGUAUGCCCUAACUGUCACACUUUCUAUAAAUUUUAUCACAUCCUAUGCUCGCGACCGACUUUUAAAGUUCUACGUGUACGCAAAAUACUACAUUCACAAAGUUAAUACUAGAAUUGUAAUAAUCAAACUUAACAAACAUUGUCAAAUUUAAAAGCUUGUACAGUAAAUAAGUGGACAAAAAUACCCCUUAAUUGAUAGAACUACCGAUGGAAGGAACAUUGGCGUGACUUAGAAGUUUAGGGAGGCUCAUAACCAAAGUGAAAGUUCAACGGAAAAGUGAAACGGUUGUCCCAAAACGAAGAAGGAAAAAAAAAAAAAAAAAAUAGGCCACCAGACUCUUAUGGGUUGGAAGUAGUUGUAAGGAAUGAAAACUGUGCAUGGAUUGAAUAAUCAAAACAUGUAGAGAGCCCUGUUCAACUUGUUUAGGUUUUACCCCAAUCUUAACUUGCAUUAUAUACCAAAUAUGGAGCAAUCUCUUCCAAUGCACGAUGAGGACGAAGCGCGGAGGCCGCCUUCAAAGAGGUUAGUUGCAACUUUUGGCGAAACUCCAAGCGAUUCUAUGUUUAUUCGUACAUAUGCGGUUUUUAUCUGCUUUAGUUUUGUUAGGUUGGCGAACAAAGUUGCAGUCAUAACUGGGGGUGCAAGAGGGAUUGGAGCUGCGUCAGCCAAGCUAUUCGCUCGAAACGGAGCCCAUGUCAUCGUUGCUGAUAUACUCGACGACAUAGGAGCUACACUGGCUGAUUCUAUCGCAGGCCGCUACAUUCACUGCGAUGUGUCAAAGGAAGCUGAUGUUGAAUCAGCUGUUGAGCUUGCACUUAAAUGGAAAGUACGAAUUGACGUCAUGUUCAACAAUGCCGGGGUUCCUGGUCCCUCGGGGAGUAUAUCCAGCCUUGACAUGGAGCAGGUCAAGAACCUCCUCUCGAUAAAUGUUCUUGGCGUUGUGCACGGAAUCAAGUAUGCUGCAGCGGCCAUGGUCAAAGGUCGAAGAGGAGGGAGCAUCAUUUGCACAUCAAGCUCAGCCGGUAUCAUGGGAGGCCUUGGAGGACAUGCCUACACAUUGUCGAAGGAGGCCCUCAACGGAUUGGCAAAAAGUGCCGCGUGUGAGUUGGGAGUGCAUGGCAUUCGCGUGAACAACAUUUCUCCUCACGGGGUUCCUUCGGAGAUGCUCGUCGAUGCCUACAGAAGGCAUCUCGGGAAAAUGGACAUGACGGCAGAAGAUGUAAGCAGAACUGUGGGAGAGAGGGGGAGCUUGUUGCGAGGGAGGUGCGCAACCGUGGAAGAUGUGGCGGAAGCUGCAUUGUUCGUGGCCAGCGAAGACGCCGGGUUUAUAACGGGACAUAAUCUUGUUCUUGAUGGGGGUUAUACUUCUGCUUGCAGUACCAUGAGCUUCAUCUACCAGAAUAGUAACAAGGAUACUGUGUAAUUCGUUGCUCUCAUAAAGUUCAACGACGGAUGAUAAGAUUAUAAGUCAAAUUCUA